CCGGGGCUGCGGAGCCGGGUGCCCUUCUCCAUCCCAUGGCCCUGGCCGGGACCUGACCGCCCCUCCGCAAUGAAGACCAUCAUCGCUGCCUACUCCGGGGUGCUGAGAGGCACAGGAUCGAGCAUUCUUUCUGCUUUGCAGGAUUUGUUCUGGCUAUCUAAAUCCAAAGUAGAGAAGCAACUCCAGGUCAUCUCUGUGCUGCAAUGGGUUCUCACUUUCCUUAUCAUGGGUAUUGCUUGCACUUUAAUCCUCAUGUACAUACUGUGCACGGAUUGCUGGGCGAUUGCUGCUCUAUAUUUAGCCUGGCUGGUAUUUGACUGGAAUACACCAAAGAAAGGUGGACGAAGAUCCCAAUGGGUGAGGAACUGGGCUAUAUGGAGGUACUUCAGGGAUUAUUUUCCAAUAAGACUGGUUAAAACCCACAAUCUGCUGACCACCAGGAAUUACAUUUUUGGGUACCAUCCACAUGGCAUCAUGGGCUUAGGUGCCUUUUGCAACUUCAGCACAGAGGCCACGGGUGUCAGCCAGAAAUUCCCUGGGAUCCGGCCAUACCUUGCUACCCUGGCUGGGAACUUCAGGAUGCCCAUUUUGAGGGACUACUUAAUGUCUGGUGGUAUAUGUCCUGUGAAUCGUGACAGCAUAGACUACAUCUUGUCCAAGAACGGCAGUGGCAAUGCCAUCAUCAUCGUGGUUGGAGGGGCAGCAGAGUCCCUGAACUGCACCCCAGGGAAGAACUCAGUGACACUGAAAAACCGGAAAGGCUUUGUGAAACUGGCUCUACGUCAUGGCGCGGACUUGGUUCCUGUCUACUCCUUUGGGGAGAAUGAAGUGUACAAGCAGGUCAUCUUUGAGGAGGGUUCCUGGGGAAGAUGGGUGCAGAAGAAGUUUCAGAAGCACAUUGGCUUUGCUCCAUGCAUCUUCCAUGGCCGUGGCCUCUUCUCCUCCAACACCUGGGGGUUGUUACCUUACCCCAAGCCCAUCACUACUGUUGUUGGGGAGCCCAUCACCAUCCCCAAAAUUGAUAAUCCAUCCCAGAGGGAAGUGGACUUCUACCACAGCAUAUAUGUGGACUCUCUGAUCAAACUCUUCGACAAGUAUAAGAGCAAAUUUGGUCUGCCAGAGACUGAGGUCUUGGAAGUCAACUGAAGGACUGGCUUGGCAGCACCACCUUCUCUCAGAAUCAACACAUCUUCUCCAGGAGUCCAAGCUGUCAUCGUGUACUUGAAAGCAUGUGUGGGUGUAUGUGUCUUUCAAAGAAAGUGUUUAAAGUGUUGCUAGACCACUUUUAAAAAUAAAAAAAAGGCUUUACUUUUGGAUAAAUCCCAUUACAAAUGUCUUUCUAU